GGUGGGGGAACCAGCCGACCGCCGAAAGACGACCCAGCCGGGGGCCACGGGGUCCGGGUCGCCGCCGCUGUCGCCGCCACGGGGCGCUCCCUCCCUUCCAGCCGAGUCCGGCCACCUGGUCUCUUCCCCCUCGGCCCCGGCCGCCGGAGACUGGACAAAAUGAAGCCGGGAGGCUUCUGGCCACACCUUGCUCUGCUUGGGGUUUCCCUGCCAGCUGUGCUAGGAUGGAUGGACCAAGGAGCCGGCAGAAGCCCGGAUGUGGUUCUGGGAGAGUCGCCACAGGCAGAGGAAACGAGAGGCUUUGAAGUCACAAGCAGAGAAGGUCUUUCCAGCCCUGGACUGUCGCCCUCCUGUGGAAAGAAACUCUGCAGCCACAGGAGCAGGUGCUUGCUCAAUAGGGCGACAGGGCAGCCUUCGUGCCGCUGUCAGGAGGUGUGCAGGGCCCGCUACGUGCCUGUGUGCGGCUCCGACGGCAGGCUCUAUGGGAACCACUGUGAGCUUCGCCGCACAGCCUGCCUGCUGGGCAAGAGAAUUGUCAGCGUACACAGCAAGGACUGCUUCCUCAAAGGUGACGUGUGCACCAUGGCCGGCUAUGCUCGUCUCAAAAACGUCCUCCUGGCACUCCAGAGCCGCAGACAGCCACAGCCACAGCCACCCCAACAAGGAACCAACAGGCCAAACCUCGCCUCCCAGAAGCGCCUCUUGGUGGAGUCGCUGUUUAAGGACUUGGAUACUGACGGCAACGGCCACCUCAGCAGCUUGGAGCUGGCUCAGUAUGUGCUAAAGGAGCCAGACAUGGAAGGUUCCCUGAACGGAUGCUCACCAGGAGACCUCCUGCGAUUUGAUGACUAUAACAGCGAUGGCUCCUUGAGUCUUGGAGAGUUCUACACCGCCUUCCAGGUGAUUCAGCUGAGCCUCGCCCCCGAGGACAAGGUCAGUGUGACCACGGUGACUGUGGGGCUAAGCACAGUGCUGACUUGUGCCAUUCGUGGAGACCUGAAGCCACCCAUUAUCUGGAAGCGCAAUGGGCUCAGCCUGAGCUUCCUGGGCCUGGAAGACAUCAGUGACUUCGGUGAGGAUGACUCCCUGUACAUCACCAAGGUGACCACAAUCCACAUGGGCAACUACACCUGCCAUGCCCUGGGCCACGAGCAGCUGUUCCAGACCCACGUCCUGCAGGUGAAUGUGCCACCAGUCAUCCGUGUCUAUCCAGAGACCCAAGCUCAAGAACCAGGAGUGGCUGCCAGCCUUCGGUGCCACGCUGAGGGCAUUCCCAUGCCCAGAAUCAUUUGGCUGAAAAACGGCAUGGAUGUCUCAGCCCAGAUGUCCAAACAGCUCUCCCUCUUGGCCAAUGGAAGCGAACUCCACAUCGGCAGUGUUCGCUAUGAAGACACGGGGGCCUAUACCUGCAUUGCCAAGAAUGAGGUGGGCGUGGAUGAAGAUAUCUCCUCCCUCUUCAUUGAGGACUCUGCUAGGAAGACCCUGGCAAACAUCUUGUGGCGGGAAGAAGGCCUCAGCGUGGGAAACAUGUUCUAUGUCUUCUCUGACGAUGGCAUCGUUGUCAUCCACCCUGUGGACUGUGAGGUCCAGAGACGCCUGAAGCCUACAGAGAAGAUCUUCAUGAGUUAUGAAGAAAUCUGUCCUCAUGGGGAAGGCGGUACCAGCCAGCCAUGUCAGUGGGCAUCUGCAGUCAACGUCAGGAACCGGUACAUCUACGUGGCCCAGCCAGCACUGAACAGAGUCCUUGUGGUCGACGUUCAAGCCCAGAAGGUCUUACAGUCCAUAGGUGUGGACCCUCUGCCAGCUAAGCUGUUGUAUGACAAAUCGCAUGACCAAGUGUGGGUCCUGAGCUGGGGGGACAUGCAUAAGUCCCAACCAAGCCUGCAGGUGAUCACAGAAGCCAGCGCUGGCCAGGGACAGCACCUCAUCCGAACGCCAUUUGCAGGAGUGGACGAUUUCUUUAUACCCCCAACAAAUCUCAUCAUCAACCAUAUCAGGUUUGGCUUCGUCUUCAACAAGUCUGCCUCUGCAGUCCACAAAGUUGACCUGGAGACUCUGAUGCCCCUCAAGACCAUCAGCCUGCAGCACCAUGGCUGCCUGCCUCAGGCCAUGGCACACACCCACCUCGGCGGCUAUUUCUUCGUGCAAUGCCAACAGGACACCCCCACGUCCACCGGCCCCCAGCUGCUCAUUGACAGCGUCACAGAUGCAGUGCUGGGCCCUAACAGCGACAUCACAGGCACCCCCCACGUGUCCCCGGACGGACGCUUCAUCGUCAGUGUCUCCAGCAAGGGCCCCUGGCUGCAUGUGCAGGAGGCCACCGUGCGAGGGGAACUCCAGACUCUCUAUGAUCUAAAAAUAAACCCAGGUGUCUCGGACUUGACCUUCCAGCAUUCUUUCACCGAAGGUAACCAGUACAACGCCUACGCCACCCUGGACAAGGAGCCAGAGCUGCUGUUCCUGGAGCUGUCCACUGGGAAGAUGGGCAGGCUGAAGAACUUGAAGGAGCUACCCACUGGGCCAGCCCCACCCUGGGGUGGGCCCCGCAGAGUCCUGAGGGACAGCGGGCUCUUUGGGCAGUACCUCCUCACGCCAGCUCAAGAGUCGCUCUUCCUGAUCAACGGGAGACAGAACGCUCUGAGGUGCGAGGUGUCAGGCGUAAAGGGUGCAUCCACAGUGGUGUGGGUCGGGGAGGUAUGAAAGGUAAGGAACCCUGGGUCCAGGAGUACCAUCCCAGUUCUCACACCGCAGCCCCAACCUGGCGUGCUGUACAUUUUCACAGACAAAAAAAAGAAAAAAGAAAAAAAAUGGAAAAAGAAAAAGAAAAAAAAAAAAAAAAAAAAAACAAACCCUGUACUUCGCUUUGUGGUUCGACACUGAUCUCCUUGCAAGUUCCCUAGCAUAAGGUAUGCGCUGCCACCAAGAUUGGGGGGUUUUCAUUCAGAAGUAUGAUUUGACGCCUUGAGCUGUGACGAGAACACUUGCUGCUGUGUGCGGGGAAAGUCAUCUCCGUGCCCGGCUGCAUGCCGCGUCGCCUGGGGACACCGCAGAGCUGAGGGACCCUGCUGCCCGGGCAGACACUUCUUCCGUCGGUUGCCUUCACAUAGUCAUUGAUCCUAACCUGCCAGCCCCAGCCAGCCUGCGCCCCAAAGGAGUGGCCUGAGCGGCCGGCUUGAGCAGAGCUGUCCCUCUUGGAGGGCUGGGGACCCUACUUGCUCCAUCCCGGACGCCGCUGUUUGCUUGCUUUACCAGCUGAGCUCUACACCCCUGAGGGAGAGCCUCUGAGACUUACUACAUCCUGGGGAGUGGGGAAAUCACUCACUUUAUUUUGAAAUUUUUUUUUUUUUUAUUAAAACUAAUUUUUUUUAUAUCGCAGAUGCCAGGCUGCAGAGAGACGCUCUCCAAGGUCUGGAUGUAUUCUUUCCUGCCUUAGGCCAAGUCUCUGAAGGAAGAGGGUCCCCACCUUACAUCUCCCACCCCCACCCCAGGCAGAAAAAGUUGACAUCCAAGAAAUAGCGGAUCCAUACCAUUGUGUUGGCCCAAGUGCGGCCCAUACUAUCAGGUUAAAAUCUAUGCUGGGACCCCCAAGAGAGCAAGCUGAGCCCUGUGUGCCUGCUUUUCACCAUGGAAAGGCAACUCGUUAUUAAGGAAGCCUAAUGUACCAGCAGAAGUCCAGACCCAGGGCAGACCAGCCUUGCUAGGCAAGGGGUAAGCAGCCUCUGGACUUGAUGCCAAAAUCUAGACGCCAUAGUGCCAUCCAUCCAGAGUCCUAAGGCUGUGGUUCUCCUUGAGCCCGAGGCACCGAUGCCUCGGCGCCUGUCGCCACACUGCAAGAGAGCCCUCUUCCCGGUUUUCAUUCCCACAUCCCAGUCUACACACUGUCCACAAAUGUAGAACCCACAAAGAACGGUGUCAGUCCCUCCUCCCUCUGCCUGUGGUAGGCUCUCGAGCCAGCAGGAAGAGGCACAACCCAGCCAGCCUAUGGGGACCACCUGUGUCAGAGGCUUUCAGCAAGAAAGAGACUCCCAACCCAGGUUUCUCAGAACACUCCCGUCCCCUGCCAUGUCGGUGGCCAAACCAUACCUGCUUUCUCACUUGCAUGAUUUAGUCUGCAAACCCUACAGCGCUGAGACAGCGGGUCCAGCCCCCACACUUCAGCCAACUUAGCCGCUUUCAUCUACCAGCAUGACUGAAAAUACACACCGCACCUCACUCCCGCUUCCUUCGUGAGUACUCCGUUCCGCCUUGCCCAUUCCAGUCUCCUGCAUUAGCCCAGCCUGUCCCUCGUCUUCUUAGUCCACUAGACAGCUGACCCUUACAGUCCCAGGCAUUUACCUGUUACAUAUUCUAUCAUGUUUCAGAUUUGGGUGAUGACAAGGCACACACAGGUUGAGGAUGCCGAGCUCAGGGGCCUGAUGGUUAGCAUCACACCUGGGUAGACGAGGACAUAUAUUCCCCUUUUUCUAUCUGCCUCCGAUUCUUGAUAGGAUUCCCAGAGUCUGUUUUAACUAACACCUUCCAAUGUUCACAAAUUUCUCCUUUUGGAAGAAUAGCAUCUGCUUCAAGCAGAAGGAUCCUGGAGCCUCAAAGAGGCAAAGCACCAUCCCCCACCCCCACCCCAUCAAAGCCAGAGUACUCACCCUCUUUGGAUGCAGGACUCCAGAAUCAAAGGCCAACCUAGUCCACCAAACUGAAUGAAAGCAGGAAUGCUACUUGGCCAUGUUCCCACACACACCUCUCUCUGCAUAUACCUGGAAGGCAUCCCACAUUUCUCUUUUCUUCUGGGAGAAUUACUGGAGACAGCCAGCAUAUGCCCAGUGACCUGCAUGCACGGAUACAGUUAAAGCAAGAACUCACAAGCCUGAAGCCUAGUCCGAUGUCAGUAGCUGCAGUCACAAAAGUGGGAUGGCUCCCUGGCAGGGACACAGUAGUGGAAGGCAGAAGACCACAGGGAAACCUUCCCCUCUCUCCACUUCGGGGCCAGAAGAGACUCCUGUGUACAGUUCAAAGCUCACUGGCAGAGGACGGCAACACAAGCAGGUCUCCUGCAACAAGCCCAGCCUGUGGGGGUUGCUCUGAGGAACACAAAGAUUACCAACUAACAGUUUCCCCAGGGAGGACUGGUUCAACCAACAAAGUCACCAGGAAAGAUAUUUACAUAAACCCCAUCCCUAGUUCUUAACAUUUGACUGAUGACAUAACCAUUCAACAGUUCUUUUCUUUCCAGAAAAACAAACACCUAUGCACCUGUAGCUACUGGCUUUCUGUCUGCCCCAAAGGCCUCCCUCUGAACAUCCUACCCAGCUACCUAGGAAUACGUGGAAGAGAGACUUCCUGCCUGACUGAGUCUGUAACCCUCUUGUCCAAGCAGGCCUGAGGGUGGGAUCUAACAGGAUCUCUUCAGUCCCCAAACCACACAAAUAUCCUGCUGCCUUCCUGAAUCCCAGGGGGAGGCUGGAAACAGCCUGAAGUCGUGGCCAGGAUGAAACACGAAUGCCAAGCCGUAGGUUCUUUGGUGUAGAGAGAGCGAGCACCUCCAGAGAAGGCAGUUCAGCUCCUCUGCUCCGUACCUCCCCACACUGCGCUAUCUCCCCCUCUGCCUGCUCCUCUGUUCAGGAAAGGACUCCAACUGCAGAGAGACACCCCAGGAAGGCGGCUUGCAACCCCAAACAAAGCCAAGAGCAACAGCUCUCUGCCACAGAGCAUGGGAACUUCUGAGUCUUCAUUCAGCUAAGCAGCCAGGAGUUGGCUUUGUACAACCGCAUCUUUGUCUGUCUGUUGACCAAUAACCUGUGAACUACGGGAGAUCUCAGAACUGAGAUGUGAAAACAGAUUCACUCUGGAUAUAUUUUUGUACCACGAGCUAAAGUGUAGUCGCUUCAUUUUUUUUUUCAUGUGUUUCAUUUGAAUACUACCGAUGCUGAAUCAUCUUCGCUAACACCACAGCUAUCUCCAACCCUCCCUUCCAGAAGCAAGCCUCCUGGAGAACUGUUGCCGCCGCCACCCCCUCCCUCCUGCACACCCACCAAUCUACCUCACAUCUUCCUCCCAGGCACCCAGCACCCCUAGAAUGCCACCCCAGGAGGCCAGAGGUGACGGAAGACCAGGAAGUGCUCCACAGGCCUCACCCCUCGUCCUGCUUCAUGUGUGAUCAGAACCCAUGUGACAGCACCUUGCUGUCUGGAAUCACAGCCCAGACCCUAGCUCUCAGUUCUACAGAGUUAGGAUCUGGAGACUAGAGAAAAGAACCGUCCGGGUGGUCAGAAGGAAGGACCCUUGUCCAGCAAUGAGAGCACUGGUGACGUUUCAUUUCAGCCCUGUGUCAUGCUAGGCAGGCCACCCUCUCCAACCUCUCUCUGCUCCCACUUCAUUCUCUCUCUUCCUGGUUUCCUUCCUUCAUGAGUCCCCCUGUGGUGGCCCUCCUUCAAGGAGCAACAACUCUCUAUCACAUCAGUGUCACGUGUCCUUUGCCCACAAGCGCUCCUUGCUUUGAGGGUUCAGGUGAGAAGUCACUCACAGACCUGAUGCUACCAUUUGCAGCCAGGCCACCACAGAGGCAAAGCAGUUUUGUUCAAGAACAUCACUGACUGCCUUUGUUUGGUUUCUCUCCACAACCACAAGGGUGAUGAGUGGGAUACUUAAAAGAUCCAGCGGGAGCAAGGCACGAAAGGGGUGACCACAGAUGCCAAGGGGCAGGUGGAAGGUAACCCACUUCUUGUUUACUUCCAGAACCUGAGGACCUGGGUGACUUGGCUGGGCCUGUGAGCUUGGGCAUCAACUUCCCAACAGACCCCUAGAGAUAAUAAGCAAGUGGCCUCCAUAUUCUCCUUUGGCUCUUUGGGCAUUUAAUUACACUUUGAGGAAGUGUAACUCAACCAAACACAAUGGGUCAAAUUGUAGGAUAUAUA